AUGCGUGGCUUCGAGAACUAUUUACAUUGGUCCUUUUUGCUGGCCUCGUUGGGGGGAGUCCAGGCAAAGCUCGACCUCAACUCGACGAAAAACAUUGCCGUUUACUGGGGUCAGAACUCUUACGAAGCUAGCGGCGGCAAGGGCCAGGGACAACAGUCCCUCGGCUACUACUGUGAUAAUGAUGACAUCGAUGGGGGGGUACCUGAAGUCGACUUUUCCUCGACAAGUGCCGACUGCGACGUGUUCGAGGGCACGCAACUGAAGAACUGCCCAAAGAUCGGCGAGGACAUCAAGACGUGUCAACAGAAAGGAAAGACGAUCCUGCUCUCGAUCGGCGGUGCAACCUACAGCGAAGGUGGAUUCAAGUCCGAAGACGAUGCCAAAGCCGGGGCGCAGCUCAUCUGGGACACCUUUGGGCCAGCGCAGGAUGGGAGUAAGGUAUUGCGGCCCUUCGGGGAUGCGGUCCUGGAUGGCUUCGAUUUUGAUUUCGAAGCGAAUGUCCAACAUAUGGCCCCGUUCGCCAACGAACUGCGGGCUCUGAUGGACAAGGAAACCAGCAAGACGUACUUCCUGACUGCUGCUCCGCAAUGCCCGUACCCCGAUGCGUCGGACAAGGAGAUUCUGAACGGACCCGUUUCCAUCGACGCUGUAUGGGUGCAAUUCUACAACAACUACUGCGGCGUGAACAACUUCGACACCAACGAGAAGAACUCCAAGUACAACUUCGAAGAAUGGGACAACUGGGCCAAGACGGUGUCCCAGAACCCCAAUGUCAAAGUGCUGAUGGGAGUCCCCGCCGACACCACGGCGGCCAGUACCGGCUAUGUCCCAGCAUCCAAGCUCGCCGACGUGAUCGCGUACUCGAAGAAGUUCGAGAGCUUCGGUGGCGUGAUGAUGUGGGACAUGACCCAGGCAUACGCCAACCAAGGGUUCCUAGAAGACGUGCGCCAGGCGUUGAGUGGUCCUGAUUCCGGUUCGUCGUCGUCAUCGUCCAGCAACGAGGCGUCGACCCCGACGUCUGCACCUUCGUCCACUAACACUCCGGAGACAUCUCUAUCCUCCAAUGCACCCGGAUCCUCGUCCUCCUCUUCCUCCUCCUCUGCAUCUGGCUCCUCUUCCGCUACUCCUGAGGACGCCGAAACCGCCAUCCAAACACUACCCAUCCAGGCCCCGGCCACCACGACUAAGGCGCCGGCGCCGAAGCCCACCGAGCCCACCGAGCCCACCAAGCCCACCAAGCCCCCGACCACCGCUGCGCCCCCCCGAGCCAACUACCCCUAG